UUUCUAGCAGCUGUCAGCUCAACCUAACAUGCUCUAUUUAAGGAGCUUUCUUGCGGUCUCACUGAGCUGACAUGAAUAUCUUUAGUAAGGUCCCAGGAUUAGUUCAACAAACCAGCAAGCUGGGGUCUGUGCUCCAACGUGCCUUCUACGGGUCCAGUGGGAGGGUGACCCUUUAUGAGCAGCGUAACUUUGCAGGCAGACAUUUGGACCUUACUUCUGACUUUGCAAGGCUCAGCGACAAGAAUUUUUCAGAGAGAUGCAACUCUGUGCAGGUGGAUAGUGGAGCAUGGAUCGGUUAUGAACAUGACAACUUCCGAGGUCGCCAGUGCCUGUGGGACAUGUCUGACCGUGGCGAGUACAACUGCUAUGACAAGUGGUGUGCGCAGGUGGAUCACAUCUCAUCUGUCAGAGCCGUCAAGCAGGAUAGCAACCCUGCGAAAGCUCAGCUGUUUGAGCGAACCGGUUUCUGCGGUAAGAAAAUGGAGAUCCAGGAUGACAUUCCGAACCUGAUGAGCCGCUAUAGCCUCGACAGAGUAACCUCAAUUCGUGUACUGGGAGGAGCGUGGGUUCUGUAUCAGGAGCCAAACUACAGAGGAGCUCACUACAUUCUGGAGAAACGAGACUUCAACAACUUCUCAGACUGGGGCAGCCAGAGCCACACUGUGGGCUCUAUGAGAAGAGCUUCAAUUAAUUCAGUUCAUCGACAGUCUGUCCUACUGAUUUUUUUUUUACACAACUAUGUUCACUGUACUCACUUAAAUAAACUGAUACAACCCCGACCCCUCCCAAAAUCACUUUAUUCAAAGAACUGGAGAAAACGUCAAUGA